AUGCCACCCAAAACAGUCGACCAACCAUCCGGCCCUCUAAACCUCCUCCGCCCAUUCCUCUUGCUCUCUUACUCAGCCUACUACAUCGUCCCCACUAUCAUCUCGCUCAUCCGAGAACUUAACCUCAAGCCCUUCUUCAGCCUAGACGCCUUCAAAGAUGAAUGGUUCGGCCGCUUCUGGAUAUGGUUCGGUCCUGCCUCCCGCGAGUAUGCAGCACCAGCAGUAAUGCCACUUCUGCAAAACAGUGCCUCUGGUGUAUGCCUGGACAUCGGCCCAGGAACAGGUCAAUGGCUCUACCUCUUUGCCCGCGCUGAAAAUCCUAGCAUCACGAAGAUCUACGGAGUGGAGCCGAAUCAUGCUAUGCACAAGUCUUUAUGGGCGAAUGCCGUGAAGGCGGGACUGGGAGAUGUGUAUGAGGUGAUUGGGUGUGGAGCGGAGGAGUUGGGGACCAAGGGUGGGAUUGAUCCUGGGAGUGUUGAUACGAUCGUCACAGUGCAGUGUCUUUGCAGUAUACCAACGCCGGAGCUGAUCAUUCGCGAAUUGUAUCCGCUGUUGAAGCCGGGUGGGAAGUGGUUGGUCUACGAGCAUGUGAAGACGAAGUAUACGGGAGACUUCGUGGCGUAUUGGCAGAAGAUGAUCAACAUCAUCUGGCCGCACUUUUUCAAUGGCUGUGAUAUCACAAGACCUACCGAUGAGUGGCUGCUGCGAGCUGGUGAGUGGGAGGAGGUCAAGCUGAAGCCAGGUGCUGGGGAGGGUCCGUACGAUUGCGUACCGCAUGUCAUCGGCACGCUCACCAAGAAAAAGGGUUGA